AUGGCUGAUGUUGAAAAUGAGAACAAUAAAAAUUUAGAUCAAAAUCAAAAGAAAAAAGGAGGAAAAAAGCGAAAUCUUACUAUAAUUUGUCUUUCAUUUGUCUGUGCAUAUACUUCAUAUAAUGCUGUCGCCAAUUUACAAUCUAGUGUCAAUACAGAAAAAAACGUUGGUCUCUAUUCAUUGGUACUCGAAGCGGUUGGUUCAAUAUUUGGUUCUCUUUUUCUCACUACGCCACUUAUGUACACUUUUGGUUAUAAAUGGAUCAUUGUCAUUGGUCAAAUCGGUGUCCUUGCUUAUACUGCAGCUAACAUGUAUCCUAAAGCAGUACUUAUGUAUUCGAGUAAGUGUAUCAAUAUAUUCAAACAAAAUACAUUCAAAUGCUGUUGUUUAAUGGCAAUCAUAUGUGAUAUUUUCUGUGUGAGCAUGUGUAAAGCUCAAAAUGCUUAUGUUACAGUACUCGGUAUUGAUGAAAAUGCUCAUGAUAAUGGUAAUAAUAAAAUGAAUAAAUAUUUUGGUAUUUUAUUUUCGGCAUUUCAAACAAGUAAAUCUUCUUCAUAA